AUGGAGUCAUGGUUGUUGAGAGAAUACAGUAAUACAAUGACUGAACCACCAAGUAAGCUGGAACUGGCAGCUUCUGUAUUUUUCAUGCUGACUGGCAGUCGAGCCAUCAAGACAAACCAGGACCUUCUGCCCGAGACGCCGUGGACCCAAAUCUUCUACAAUGACUUUUGGGGGACGCUGCUCACUCACAGUGGGAGCCACAAGUCCUACAGACCUUUCUGCACUCUCUCCUUCCGCAUUAACCAUGCCGUUGGAGGGAUGGAUCCAUGGGGCUACCACCUCGUAAAUGUCCUGUUACAUGCUGCAGUCACAGGCCUUUUCACAAACUUCUCCAGGAUCCUGUUUGGGGAUGGGUACUGGACCUUGAUAGCAGGCCUGCUGUUUGCAUCUCAUCCCAUCCACACGGAAGCCGUAGCGGGAAUCGUAGGGAGGGCAGACAUUGGAGCCUGCCUCUUCUUUCUGCUUUCCCUGAUGUGUUACGUGAAGCAUUGCUCUACCAGAGGUUCCUCACCAAGUACUUGGGGCUGGAUCUUGGGAGCGGGGCUGUGUGCAGGAUGCAGCAUGCUGUGGAAGGAGCAAGGAGUGACUGUUCUGGCUAUUUCAGCGGUGUACGAUAUCUUUGUAUUUCAUCGACUCCUUCUGCAACAAAGUUCUCCUGAUAUUUUUAAAAGAAAGAAUUUGACCCUCUUCUUCAGCAUUGGUUUAUUGACCUCCUGGGGGACUGCACUGCUGGGUGUUCGCUUAUACUGGAUGGGCAACAAGCCCCCAAGUUUUUCCAAUUCUGACAAUCCAGCAGCUGACUCGGACAGUUUUCUCACACGCACGCUGACCUUCUUUUACCUGCCAACCAAGAACCUCUGGCUGUUGCUGUGCCCAGAUACCCUCAGCUUUGACUGGUCUAUGGAUGCCGUGCCUCUUCUGAAAGCAGUCAGUGACUGGAGGAAUCUACACACUGUGGCCUUCUAUGCUGGGCUCUUCCUCCUUGCCUACUUCAGCUUGAAGAGCUCCAGCAAUGAGAGAGAAUGCAAUGGGAGAACUGUAAUGAACGGCAAGCAGAAUGCUAAUGGGCAUAGCUGCCACUCAGAGAUGGAGUACAAGACACUGGAGGUGAAGUCAAGCUUUGCAUCAAAAGAAGAGAAUGGUAUAAAAAGGCAUGAAAUGCAGAAAGUGCAGCUUCCUUCAACUGAGAACAUUGUCAUUCUGUCUCUGUCGUUGCUAAUAGUGCCCUUUGUUCCUGCCACAAACCUAUUUUUCUAUGUUGGCUUUGUAAUAGCAGAGCGUGUGCUGUAUGUUCCUAGUAUGGGCUUCUGCCUGCUGGUUACAGUAGGUGUCAGGGCCCUUUAUGUCAAAGCCCAAAAGCGCUUUCUGAAGAACUUGGUUUUUUGUUCCACUGCUGCAUUAAUUGUUUUCUAUGGACUCAAGACUGUUGUCAGGAAUGGGGACUGGCAGAAUGAGGAGAUGCUGUAUAGGUCAGGGAUAAAAGUAAACCCUGCUAAAGGCAAGCCUGACUGGACUAGACUGGCUGCCAAUCCCGCCAAAGCAUUAGGAGAUGAACGAUUCAAACUACUCUUCAGUAAUUAA